AUGGUCGGUUACCUGGCAAUGGUUCCAGCAUGGCAUGAGAAACCGUCUUUUCAUCCCCUUCUUGAGGGUGUCACACCCACCAAUUUAGGUAGUGUGCUGUCUCUAGAGAUAUCGAUCCCCGAACAGAGUGGAUCCCAACUUUCUCUUGUCGUAGGUGUGGUUAAGAUAAUCAACAGUGGAGGCACCAUAUGGGUACAGUGGGAAUAGACUAACUUAAGUUUGAAGUGAUAAUAUAAAGUGGGGUAGUAAAUGUCCUAUUCAAUGAAUUGUAAGGAAACACGAUUUUUUUUUUUGCUUGAUCACAUUUUCCUCUGCCUUGCGAGGCUCGGAAAAGUGCUCAAGUGAAAAUUUCAGCAUGUAGUGUUUACUAAAAUGUGCCAUGCGUAUCGAUGCUAUUGAAGAUUGGACGUACCAUUAUAUAAGUAUUCCUUGAGUUUCUUUAAUGGAGGAUAUUGAUAAUUGUACGAUGUUUAAUUUUUUGACAAUUUUUUGAGGGUUGUCUCCUUUGAACAGCUGCUAAAAGAAACAAUUAAAGCAAAAAAUAAAUAAAUUUAGUUUCUCAGUAUUUCAUGUCAAUGAGCCCUGGGAGUGAUAGCCCACAUGAAGUCAUAUUUCUUGCAAGCGUCUGCUACGCAGGUGCACGGGCAUUCACAUAAUGUGAAUAAUGCUUUUGUAGAUGGAGACGUUUCUUCACCUCAAGGAUGAUCACAGCAUUAAACAAACGAUGUUAGCGGUUUGGGGAAGUGGCCUAUUGGAAGUUUGGGUGGAUGGUACUUUGUCUUUUGUAAACAUUUUUUGUAUAUCUGAACAAAAUAAACCCUGCAACAACGCCCAUGAGGAAAGGAUUUCCGAAGGAACUUCUACACGUCGGGAACAAUGAAUUCAGGAUAAAGGUAAUGUCGAGAUAUGUACAAAAUCGACUCUACUUCUUAAACUUUACCGACGCGCAUGUUAAUCUUAAAGCGGUUUAAUUACCAAAGGUAAAGUUUUAUUACCAAAUGUCUUGGUUUUUGUAAGCAUUCAAGAAACAAUACCGUAAACUUCCGAUUGUAAGCCUUCCCCCACCCCACUUAUAAGCUCCUCCCCCCAGUUAUAGGCCCAUCGGAUCAAUUUAGGUUUCUGGGAAAUUGCCCACCUACCCCUCCCCUAAGCUAACAUUAACACUUAAUUCUUACUUAGGGCCAAAUGAUGGCUUAGGGGAGGGGUAGGUGGGCAGUUUCCCUGAAACCUUAAUUGACCCGGCCCAUCUACCUGUAAACAACGGGUAGAUGGUUUGUAUUGAAAUGAAUUAGAUUUUUUGACGACGGUUUGAAGCUUAUAAAGUGUUUAAAUUAUUUUCGUCAGCACUGCUAUGUAGCUUUUUUUUUUAAUCGCUUUUUGCAUUCCGAUUACAACCUCUUCCUCCCGCCCCCGCCCCCCCUCCUUUUUAUAAGCCCUGUUUAAACCCCCGUACGAAGUUGUGUAAGGCCAGGUCUUGUAAGCAGAAAAUACUCUUGUUCCUUAUAAGCGAAACUUUCCGGUAACUGUUAAGUCCUUGGCUCCGUCCACGCGAAUCCGGGUAUUUUGUAAACCGCACAUACACGAAGUGGCCUUUCGUCUGCACGAAUCUAGCGAAUCUUCUCAACAAAACUGUAGCUUUUUGAAACCGCUCCCGACAUUAUUUUUUAAUCCCACGAAUUAUCGAAUUCAUGUAGGCGAUUAAUACCGGGUAUUUUCGAAUUCAAUUAUCUUAAACUCGGUUCCAGUCUUAAAAGGGAACUUGCAAACUAAAAAUGGCGGACAAAAAUUAAUGCUCUGUCUUCAACUUUAUUGAAUCUGAAUAAUUCCGAGACAAUAAGGCCCCGGGCCAUUACUGUUCUUUCAAUCAUGGCGGGAGCCGUACGAGCCUUUUUAGAAUAAUUGUGAUCUAUUUUAAAUUCAGUUGCAGAUAAAAAAAAAAACCCUUGAAAUACAAAGGUGUGACAAUAAGUUUGUUUAGCUGAGUUGUUUGACACAUGCAUGCCGCUGGAUAAUUGGUUCAUUUUUGCAUUCGUGCCUCAAAUUUGAGAAGGUGAUCUUUAGAGAAAUUGGGAAGUAAUACAACAGAAACAAAAAGCUUUUGUGGCUUUAUUUUUAACUGCUCUAGUUUCUGUUAUGAACAUCAUUUCGUCCACAGUCACUAACUAGGCCCCGCUACGUACAAAAUCUUUUGGCUAAAGGAUUUUGAUAGUUUUUUUCUUUAACGCCGCAAGGGCCUGUUUAGUGGUUAAGACGUGUAUAACGUUUAUAAUUAACUCUUAGGCCACGGUUUCUUGCAUUUCCGGACACUUAUAAUUAUAUCCGUCGAAGCAUAAUUUCUCUGUAGGGUGCUUUUGAUUAAAGUGUACCACUUAAACAAACACAGCGGGGCUCGAAUCUUAAAGAUUUUAGCUAAAGUGGUCUUGACAAAAGACCAGUUGACGGCACGUAUAGUCGUUUUUAGGCUUUUUUUUUUUCAUUGUCACGAAAACGUCUGCAUACUUACUUCCAUUGAUGAAAUGUAAUUGUUACACGUGUGGAAGAGGAGUCAGACAGUAUCUAUCGGUGAGACUUAUACGUACUUCGUUUGAUUCUCUUUGAAAGUUGCUAGUAUGUAAAUCUGUCUAGUUUUUCAACAAAGUUGUCAAGGAUGCCGUCAUGGGGCACUGGUUACCGGUGGCAUUAUUAUUGAACUGAAUAGUGAAUACUAAAGAAUACCAAAAACCUUGGUGGUAUAAAUUUUGACGUCUUCUUUCGUCGUGUCAUGUUUGGAAAGAAUCUUGUGUUAUCACUAACAACAAGUUCCAUUUUCCCCGGAGCGAGAAAUGUCUAAUUCUGUUAAAAUUUAAGGGUUCACUGCGGAGACCUCCAUCGUAUACCAUAACAGUUGUUAAUCGCUUUUGUAAUGUUCAUUGGGUCUUUAGUGAAGUGUUCUCAGCUUUCAGAUAAUGCCAUUAAAACAAAGACUUUGUGAGAUAACACGUCCUUUGUACUCACUUGUUUGGUUUUGUCCGUUUUACUGAUGUUUUACUUUCCAUGUUUAAGAAGGAGCCACGUGCUCACUCCAAAACAAAUCCCGUCAUAAACAUAUUGGUUUUUUCGUUUAAAGACAAAUCUCAAGGCAGGGACGUCGAGUUUACACUUUUCCUUUGAAAUGAAUCUUAUUAUUUACUCGUGUGCUUGUUUAUCAAAAGCGGUAACAAAGCUUAACAUUCCACUGAGCCUUUUAAUAAUGUUCCGUCUCGUAAGUAACCAAUUCAAGUCCGUUGAUUCUCCGGGCGAAAAGAAUGGCACAUACACCAACAAUACGUUUGCUUUCUUUAUGUUAGAUUGAAUUGUUAUUCUCCGCCAAAAUCUGUGUUUGUUCACUGAUGUCUGUUAAUUGAACCCUCAGGCGAAGUAACAUUAGGUGACCAAUUUCUUGUAUAUAUUUAUAUCAAUACGUUAGUAUGACAAGACAAUCAAUUCAUGAUCGAUGGUGUUAAAAAUAAAUAGCGUGGAAAAAAAGCUUAAGGGAGAAAACAUGAGAGCAAUUUGUAAGUCUCAUGUUAAUUCGUUAUUAUUUUGGUCCUGACUCGGCCUCGGUUCCCUUCAUUCUUGUAAAAAAUAUAUAAAAGACGGUAUGUCACAACAUAUGGCGUGGUAAGAUUUGAGGUCGCAUGGGAAGGCCUUAGCAUUGAUGAACUGGGAUUGUUAGUAAAGGUUUUCAAUCAGUUAGCUUCUUAGGCAAAAUUAAGUUGACCACAUUGUUUUCUGACAAAAGAACAGAAACCGCAUUUUCCUUCUAAAUAAUACUUCCAACCCCUCAUAAAAGGGCUUUCGGAAGCUGUUAAUCAGAAAUGUUUCCCUUCUUCUUGACUUGAGGGACACAAUUUAUCCCUUCCGAAAGAUUUUCGCUCAAUUUUAAUUUUCCAGUUAUUCAACCGGCUGUCGUGAAACUAUCUAAUCAGGCGAGGACACAUCUGUUUUCACAAAUCUAAUAAUGGUUUAAUUAGAAUAAAAAAUAAUAUUAUGUGUGAGUAUCUGAUGUAAAACUGCAUUUUAACAUUCAAGUUUAAAAUAUCGUCGCUCCAUAAAUUUAAUUGUUUUGUACUUUCUUAAAUAGCACUCCGUCUACACCAUCGUCUAAACAUGUUAAAAUGUCGUUUAGUUGACAAUUAGGUGAAGAAAAAUAUUUUAACGUUCGUUAUAUCUUCAAUGAGAUCUUUACUAGAGGGGACUAUUACCAUUCAAUUACUAUUCGCGGUAGCCCAGAUGAUGUCCAUUAUUAAAGGUUCAACGUACAGGUUAAAAAGGUCGUUAAACUAAACAUUGGAACAUAUUUAUCCGUUAGCAUGAUCGGGGUGUAUUUUAGUAAUAAUUCAGACAAUUAUGUUAAAAGCUGCUUUACUGACUACAUUUACCAUUUUUAGGCAAUUCGAAUCGAUGGCAUGUUAAAAACACAGUUCAAGAUAGGUAGUUCCUAAAUAGUAAUUAAACUAAACAACGUUCAACUAUGAAUAAGUGUUGGCGUGAACAGGAUAUUAAUUAAGCACUAAUUUUAUUGAUUUCCUAUAGCUCAUCUUUGAUGCAUUUUGUUUUUACAAGGGAACCUUCGAUUUAAUUCAGUAUUUUCUGAGUUGCACAACCUGUGUUAAAUUAGGUCGUACAAUUUUUCAUUUUCGGAAUUUUGUAUUUUAUAAAUUAUUGUGCUUGGGAACCGAGAAUUUCAUCCCUUGUAGAAUUUCAUGUUUCAUUCGUGAAGUUAUGUUCACUAUCAGCAGUGAAACUUGGACUCCUAAAUUAGUGAUUAGCAGUUAUCAGCUCUCUCCAUCUUUACGAAAUGUUUAAACGCAAUUUGGUUAAUCAUUAUUGAUGCUUGUCAUAAUGAGGAUAAUGAGCGGAUUAAGAAAUAUGGAGUUUAUGUUAUCAAUCUUAAUUCGCUUAAAAGUUUUUUUCUGCCUGUGUUUGUGAAUUGACUAAUCGUAUUAUCUUAGAAAAUACCAAACACUGUUUCGCCAAGGUUAAUGCUGUUCAAAAUGUUAAUCAUCUCUUUAUUCGCCUGUAAAUUUGUGACGUUUCUCACUACUCCUAAGAUACUCUGAAUCGUGCUAUUAUGUUUUUUGAAGAAUGUCAUGAAUUAGAAGUUGGUCAUUUCUUACAGCAAUGUUCGUUCAAACGUAACUUUUUAGUAUCGAAUAAUUAACUCCAAUUGGCCAACUUAGUUCGUGACCGUCAAAGACACUGUUUCAUUUUUGUUAUGAGACAAAAGCUUUUGUUUCCAUUCAUUUGUAUCAUCAUCAUUUCCCGUUCAUUGCAUAGCUUCCCUGCACCUUAAAUUAUGUUUUAAAUAAAAUUUUCUAAGUAUACAUUCUGUAUUUUUCGAUUAAUUUGUUAACAUUGCAGAGUCAGUAAAUGCCUGAUCGGCCUCGAGUUCAUCGUAGCCAUCGGGCAGGUAUCUACCUUUAAAUUAAAAUCGAAAAAGAAAAGGAACAAUUUUCAUUAUUAGUAUUAAUACAAAGUCACCUUCAACACUAAUGUGCUGUGUCUUAAUGUUAAAUACGUAUGUCAUUAAUGCUGAUAGCAAUGCUUAAAAUCACUUUUUUCACCUGAGGAGGAAUGUCGAAUGAAUGCUGGACGAGAAUUCCAAGGACUACUUUCGAGAAAAAGCUGUCCUUUCGAGUAAAAGUGCUUCUAACUUUACACAUAACAUUCGGAUUGUCAAAUUAGCCUUGAAUAACUUAGUGAUGCUUAACUGAAGAGAAGUCUUGUCUUGCAAGGAAACAAAUAUUGCGUUGACUUCAUUACUACAGCAGUUUUACUCACUGGAUAAGCUUUUUAGUUGUCUUCAGGCUGUUUGUUACUUAUUUGCAUGAUAUUUAUUGGAUAUUCUACUAUUUAUUUACUAAGUGUCCUUAUAUAACAUGACACGGCGAUGCAUCCCAGCUUUCGUAAGGAAGAAAAGGUGUUAGAAAAUUACGAGGCAGUACUCAAUAUAUAUCUCUCUCCAUGCAGAUGUUAUUGUGGGGUCAAAAAAUGUAAGGCGGUUAAAACGAUAUUUCCUUAGCAUUUCUGUUAUUUUCUGCUCAUUUAUCUACUGACGAUUUUUCUUGUUCAGUUUUCCUUAACAAGCGUUAGCUUAAACGUGCUCUGCUAUAAAAGCAUAACAAGUUGCCUUCUGGACUGAUACACUUUUAUGGGCCCUUUAUUAAUAUAUGAAUGACAGUUACCUUUUUUGGUUAAAAGAGUUGCAUGUAUGUUUCGUAUGAAAAUGAUUCGAAAUAUUGCGAGUAGCAUUCGAUUAUGCUUCGUCAUUUUUCGAGCUUGGAUUUUUUUAUGCUUCGCCUGAUUUUGGAAUUCCUGAUUAUUUGUAGCUCCUCAAACGUGUGAGAUGAAUGUGCCAAGAAGCUUCGAGUAAGCCUCUUUAUUUCUUACCGGCAUUCAGAAGAUUCAAAACUUUUAAAAUUUGCUUAUCUGAUAGCGAUCGCGUCACCUUUGAGGUAGCUACAUAAUAGGAAUUUUUUAUAUAUAUUUACAAAAAGUCUUUGAAAGUAAACGUCUGUGGAUGUGAUCGCUGCUGUGUUUUCUUUUACGCAAUGCCAAAAAGGGAGAGUCGUGGUGUUAGGCUAUUAUACUUGAAAGCAAGUGUAGCUCAAGAAAUAGACAACAGAUGUGGCGUCCGUGUCAUAAAUGGAUGUUCCGCGAUAAAAGGAAUCAGUCACUUAUCGCACUAGAGUUUUGCUCCAGAGAAACUUAAUCAGGGUAUCAGAAAAGAUGGCGCUUCACAAAGAUAACUUCAACUUGAACAGUUUUAAAAAGAUAAAGCCAUGCUUUUCAAAUUUGCUUAUCGCACAACCUGUCACCGUCGAAAUGGAAUUCACCAGCGAACAAAGUUCUGUUGAGUAAUUUGUGUCUAGUUUAAGAUUGUCUUCCGAAAAAAGGCUUACAAUACAAACAAACACUUACACCAGGGAAAAAAGGUAAUUUCAACAUAACUGUAUUUAUAGUAUGGUCUGUUAGGGGCUAAGCCAAAACGCUCCAAAAUUAUCCUUUUUUGUCAAGUAUAAUUAAGUCUUAGGGCUGUUAUUUAUUAGGUCUUCAGACUACUGGCGUCUCUCGCUAAUUACAUCCCAAUGGCGAUUAAUAUCUAUUUCACCAGAACAUCAUAGAUAUCCGAAGUUAUUCAAAUUAGUAAUCUCUUAGACUAAAGAAGUAUGGUUACAAUUAAAGUUUAUCAAUCGAGACAUUAGCACAAAGAAUGCAGAGGCUUUUCUUCCUUCUUGAUGCCUUGGUACACUGCGUGUGGCGAAGUAAUCACAAACUUCCUAUCUCCGCAUUUGGGAAAUCAGGCAAUCAUCAUCCUAGCCAAACAGUGAGCAGAGGCCGGGAAUAAACAUCCCAAGCUCUCGGGCAUGUAGGAAGGAAAUUAUCCAAACAAAGCUCUUGUCUUAUCACUAAAAUCAAUAUGGCCCCUCCUCGGCAGUGUUUAGAAGAUUGUCAAAGGUGUCAUAAUUGAUUCAAUCUUGUCGUCGUACUAAGAAAACUUCUUUUGCCAUUGAAAGUUUAUUCUUUGUCCCAGAAAAUUGCACGUAUGGCUUGCCAGAAGCCUCAUUACCAUAUCAUUAUCUUUGAAGGCACAUCGGUUGCUUCAAUUACCUCUCAAUUACCGGUUACAUACACAGAUGGAAAUUACUUCCCGAACAACCUGAUAAUAGCGACACGUAGUAAUUUGUAUUUGAAAAAGCUCUAAUUGAUUUCCAUAAAAUUUUGUUUUCCUUUAAGAUCUGAUACUAUCGGUCGAAAGCCCCCCGCUGACGUCUUUUAUUUGUUUUAUGGAUUAAAACAAACAAUGAAAAAUGCUUGUCUCUUUAGAGCUAAGAGUUUUCGCAAACAAAAACCCUCGCGAUGUGAUUCGCGAUACUGCUGAUCUGUGACAGCAAACAUGAUGUGUGGGAAAGAAAACGGAGGAUGGGGCCCUUGAGGCAAUUUGAAAUCGCCACAACACUCCUAUUCGUGACUUUCGUCACCAGAUGCGAGACGAUUUUCAUCUCGUAACCAGCCAUUACUUUUAUUUAAGUACCUUGCAUAUUAAUCCCAAUUAUCAGACAAGUGGUUUUGGUUGCAAGGUAAAAAAGGCGGUACUUUUGGAUAAAAACUUCAAACCGACAGUGUGGGCACGUCAAGCGAAAUUAUUUUGUAAAUGGCUCUAAGGCAAUUCUAACAUGUUUGUAAAAUUGUCGUAGCCACCACGCCGACGAAAACAAUAGAACUACCAAGCCGUAAAUUGGUUUUAAUGCGAGCCAAUGGGAACAAUUUAGCAGUUAUCAAAUCUUUUUAAGAUGACACCGUGCGCGCCUUGUGGUUGGCUGUCAUUUAUCAACAACAAAUUUGCCUGAUAAUGACACAAUUAUCUUAUGCCCUAUUAGGCAGGGUCCAAUAUACGCGGACGUCAAACGGGUGAAAUGGCUGUUCACAGCGGGUUCUCUUUAAUUUGGAACUAAAGCUUAGGACUCUAGAGCAAGUAGACAUUCCUAGCUUUCCUCGGUUGCCUACAUGCGCUUUACUCAGCCCAACUAACACAUCCUUUGCUCAUUCUCAAAGAGCUAUCCCAAUCAAUGGAGCAAAACAGACGUGCGACUGCUCGGGGUAUAUCUUUCAGCGUGGAAUCGCUUAUAUCAAAAUCAGACCAAAAUGGCGACAGCCAGGCAAAUUCAGCACGCGCACCAGGGUUACCGAUUAACUUUUCUGUUGAAAGACUGUUGGAUAAACAAGAAUUUAGGGGAGGAGAAGCUGCGAAGAUUACUGAGCCAUCCUUAAAACUUGUCAAAGAAAGCAAAGAUACAAAUGAACGACUAGAGUGGACAGAUGACUUUCCGUGGAUGCAUUCUACAAGAUAUGACCCUCCACCUCGUAAGUUAUGAAUAGUUGUAUAAACGUUUAUGGUUUUCAACAUCGUGUUGCGUGCUAAUGUUUACAACUGUCAAAUUGGUGUAAUUGUUGUGUAACGUCAGUAAAGGCAAAUCAGCUUUAUUGGUGGCCUUGAAAUGGCCAGUGUAAUAUUGAGCAGAAUUUACUUAUGCUACGUGCUCAACAUUUUCUUAGCCACAUCCCUUUUCCUUCACAGGCAUUCGUCCCCGACUGAGCCCUACAAAAUGCCAACUCCGGAAACACAAGACGAAUCGAAAACCAAGAACACCGUUUACAACUUCGCAGCUACUUGCUUUGGAAAGGAAGUUUCGACAAAAGCAGUAUCUUUCAAUAGCUGAAAGAGCGGAGUUCUCGGCCUCACUGAGCUUGACGGAAACGCAAGUAAAAAUCUGGUUUCAGAAUCGUCGAGCAAAAGCAAAAAGACUUCAUGAAGCCGAGCUAGAAAAACUAAAACUGGCCAGCAAGCCAUAUAUGCCACAAAGAUUUCCUUCGAGCCUUAGCGGAUCCGGCUCUGUAUGUUGUGAACCGUCGCCUUAUGGACCACACUUGGCUUUCCAGCCUUAUAACUUACCUACUUCACCUUAUGGUCAAGCCAUGAGCUAUUCUCAAAGGAGUCCUUAUGUCGCCCAUCAAGUUUUUCAUAAUUUCAUGUACCAUUAGCUCAGUCCGCUACCAGCAGAACAAGUUAAUGACAAUUAACCACUCACCAUUUGAUAAAACCAUGCACUUUAUCAUAAGUGCUACAUUUUCAAUUUCAGUAACAUUGGUGAAAUAUAAAAAGGCGACUAAGAGUUUGAACGGAAUGGAUGUUAAAAUAGCGAGAGUGAUCCUUUAUUGGAUUUUUUUCUAAAGAAAAUUCUUAAAUUUGUUAAUUUUCGUCACAUUAUUGUCGGGGGUGGAGAUAAAUUACUAAGAGGGUACUGAGCCUUGUUUGAAUACAUAUUGAAAAAACAUUUGUACCUGAAUGAAUUCAACUGAUUUUAGUUGUGUGCUGAUCAAUUAUAAAGAUGUCAAGCACAUUUCUCUGAAACAGUUUCAUGAGAAUUUAUGUGAGCCACAGAUAUGGCUUUCUACUGCAGCUCCUUCCUUUGUCACAAAAACAAUGCUAGUAGUAUUUAUUAUAAUAAGUGGUGAUUAGAAUUCGCUUAAUCACCAUUCACUUUGUGCAGUUUGCCAGAGGAAGCAAGAAUAUAAAUUAUCUCGGUAUUUCUCUUAUAGAACAACUGGUUGUCAAAUUCUUGUACCCGCUAAAACUCGUGAAAAGAACACAAACGGGCUUCUUUAUUUUUCUGCUGGCAGGGCUGUAAUGAUGUUUUUUUCCUUUUUUGCGUCUGCACUGACGUUAGGUUUUGCCACCCUACUUAUGCCUGUGUCUUCAAGACACUGGUGGCCAUAUUUUGCUCGACUUUGUUGCAACACUUCAAAACUUAGUGAUUUUUAUUUAUCCAAGCCACCAGUGUUAUUCACGAGUAUCACUAGGUGUUACUGCUUCAAGUUAAAAUUAUUUUUUUUAUCUUAAGAGCUAUCACGGUCUGUGUAAAUAAGGACAAUGAGCAAUAGAAUAUGUUAACUUAAAAACUGUGUUCCGAUGCCUACUCGCUUUGUUC